AUGCGGGCCCCGUACUCACACUGCCUCUUCCUGCAUGAGGGCUGGCCACUGUGCCUGCGAGAUGAGGUCGUGGUGCACCUGGCCCCCCUCAACCCCCUCUUACUGCGCCAGGGAGACUUCUACCUCCAAGUGGAGCCCCAGGAGGAGCAGUCCGUCUGCAUCAUGGUCAAGUGCCUCUCCUUGGACCUCCGCACAGUGGACGCAAAGCCUGUUCCCGCGUCAUCCUACCCUACGCUCUUCACCCAAACGUGGCUGGAGGCCAUCAACAGUGACUUUGAGGGAAGCCCUCUGCACAACUGCCUGGUAGCUUCCGAAGAUGGGAUUGCCCCUGUGCCCUGGACCAAGAUAGCCAGCCCAGAGUUUGUGGAUGACAGACCCCAAGCAGUGAACGUCCUCUCCCGGGCCUGGGGGUCCCUCGAGUUAGAGGCCCUCGAUUUGAGCAGCCCUCCAGAGCCUCAUCAGCCCAGGCCCUCCGGCAGCCAGGGGCUGCUUGCCCGGAGCUUGGCCAAGGGUAAGGGCAGGACAUAUGGGAACAAGUACCCAGGACUCAUCAAGGUGGAACAAGCCAGGCCGGGGGAGGUGGCCUUUAGGAUGGACGAUGUGGCCAGCCAGGACUUAGAAGGAGACUAUGUGGCCCUCCUGGAGAGCAGAGGAGGGCCUCCCAGUAGGGAAGUGGAGACGUCCAGUGGGUGUACUUUGGGGGCACUGGAGGAACCAUCCAGAACUAAGGAAAUCCUUCUCUCUCAAAGGAUGCCGCCCCUCUCAGGGGCCAGGGGGGGACCUUCCUUGGAAGAAUGGGCUUGGGAGAAGCCAGCAAGCUCAGAAGAGGAGCCCCGCAGGUUGGGCUCGAGGAGAAAGGUCAACUAUAAAGUUAACGCAUCCACCCAGGACUCAGAACCCCAGCCCCAGGAGCCCUACCUCCGCGUCCUUGAGGAGCCACCGCCCUGUGCCUCUGGCCUUGAGGCAGGUGGUUCCUCCAAGAUGCAGGAACCUCUGGGAAGCCCAGAAAACAUGGCGCAACUCAGGCCUGCACCAGAACGAGCGUCCUCCCUGCACCUGUGCUCGGCUUCCCCUCCUGCUGCUCCAGCCCCUGAAACCAAGUUGGAAGAGAGGGCCAAACAGGGGCACGGGAGACUUCCCAAGCCUGAGACUGGCCCCAGUCAGAAUACCUCCUCUUCUACAUCCCCUACUUCUGGGCUCAGAUUCUCCCUCUUGAAAGGGCAGAGGCAAGCCCCUGGGCCCCCAGAGAAAACUCACCCGAUCAAAAGGAAACACCAAGCGGACUCCGAUGAGCAGUGUAAACUGCGGGGUGCUGGGCCCAGCUUCACGCUGGGACAUGCCAGAGACUCUGACUCCUCACAUCAGCCGCUGCCCUCCAGGGGCCUCCAGGCUGGUGGCAAGGCAGGGGUGGAAACAGACCGCUCUCCCAGCACGAACACAGCCAGAGGCAGGCCUGAAGAUAAAACCAAGGGGCUGGCAGUUAUGAUUGAUUCCAGGAAACAGCCUCCACACCCUGGUCUGGUCAGUGCCCUGCAGGCCACCCAGGCCCUGGCCCCAGCCUCCAUCCGUGCUGUGUUCUACCUGGGAGAGAAGGAGGCUGCCCUCCAGCUGGAAACAUUGCCUGACGUCCAGGUAGAGGUGGUGACCUCACUGAGAGCUCUCAGCCACCAUGUGGACCCCGGGCAGCUGCCCACAGCCCUGGAAGGCCCCUUCCCCUACUGCCACAGCGAGUGGGUGCAGUUCUUCCAGAAGCUGGACCCCUUCCUUGCUGACCUGCACCAGGUCUCCGCCUUGCUAAAGGCUUCCAUCAAGCAGUUUGAGAAGAGUGACCUCCCUGGAGGGGUGCAGGAAGCCUCCAGGUGUCUGAGCAAGUCCAAGGAGCUGAUGGAGACCGUGCUGAGGGACCCAGGGCUGCUGGGCCUCCAGCGGGAAGGGGGAGCCACUCUGGCCAGGCUACGGCAGGAAGCCAGUAGGCUGGACUUCAACCCUGACGUCAGGAGCCAUCUGGCCGAAGCUGUCGCCUGGUACGGCCUCGUGGACGAACAGCUGCAUGUCCUGGUCACUGCCUCUAACCACCUCCUGGGGGCGCUGGAGCUCCGCGUCCGCCUCGGCCGCCUGGAGGCUGCCAUCCACCAGGUCAGCAACUGGAUGGAGCAGGAGGGGAGCCGGUGCCUGCAAAUGCUGACCCCCAAAGACAGAAGCUUGGAGACUGUGGAGAAAGCCCACGCGGAGUUUGAGGACUUCUUUCUCCAGGCUGCAGCCCAGUACCGCCGGGGCCUGGAGCUGUCCAAGCAGGCAGCUCAGCUGGGAGCUGCGGCCGGAGGAGCAGAGCUCCCGGAACUGGUGGCCUUCACCUCCACCCAGCGGGCCUUCCAGGCCAAGCUGACCCACUUCUACAUGGCGGCCGAGCGGCAGCGCACGGACCUGGAGACGCUGCUCCGUCUACACCACUUCUGCAAGAAGAUAACCUGGUUUCACGUGGACUGUCAGGACCUGAUGAGGCAGCUCAGGCUGGGCAAGACCCAAAGGGCCAGCCCCGGAGACCAGCGCCUCGUCCACCGCUACCUGCGGCGACUGGCAUCCGAGUUCCCUGCCGAGAAGCUCACGGCCAUGGGGCUGCAGGUGGCCUCUCUGAGCCAGGAGGGCCCCGGCCAGGCCCUGUGGGAGGAGGCCCGGGUGAGACACGAGGAGAUCCGGACCCUCCUGAAGAGGGCACUGGCCCACUGUCCGUGCCCAGCGGGGCCCGCCGCCCACUCGGCACACCCAGAACUAAGAAAGGCAGCGGCCGAGGGUCGGGGUCUGAAUGCAGCGGUCGCUUCUAGGGGAAGGGGAAGGCGGGGCCUGCCCCUCGGGGACUCCCUGGGCCUGGAUCGACCGCCAAAUUCCUAUUGGCCUCGGGCCCCCCGAGAGGGGCAGAAUGGAAGUUUCCAGGCAGGCCUUCUGGCCCAGGAAGCUGGCCAGACUGUAGAGGCUGAUGAAGGCAAAGGUCCCCGUGAGCCCUUUGAUCCUGCCCCGGAGCCUCUCCUUGCCCCUCUCGUCUCCUGGCAGUGACUCCCCAGGCAGAGUCACACCCCCCACCCCGCUGGAGGCAGCUUCUCCUCAGAGGGGACAGACUCACAGACAUCUCUGGAGGACUCAUCCCAGACAAGUCCCCUGCAUCUCUCUAGCUAA